AUGGCUGGUCCGCCUCAGCAGCCCCCUUACCUGCACCUAGCUGAGCUGACGGCAUCCCAGUUCCUGGAAAUCUGGAAGCAUUUUGACGCAGACGGAAAUGGGUAUAUUGAAGGCAAAGAACUAGAAAACUUUUUCCAAGAGCUGGAGAAGGCACGAAAAGGCUCUGGCAUGGUGUCAAAGAGUGACAACUUUGGGGAGAAGAUGAAGGAGUUCAUGCAGAAGUAUGACAAGAACUCAGAUGGGAAAAUCGAGAUGGCAGAGCUGGCGCAGAUCCUGCCGACCGAGGAGAACUUCCUUCUGUGCUUCAGGCAGCACGUGGGCUCCAGCGCCGAGUUCAUGGAGGCUUGGAGGAAGUAUGACACAGACAGAAGUGGCUACAUUGAAGCCAAUGAGCUCAAGGGAUUUCUGUCAGACCUCCUGAAGAAGGCAAACCGGCCAUAUGAUGAACCCAAGCUCCAUGAGUACACCCAGACCAUACUAAGGAUGUUUGACUUGAAUGGGGAUGGCAAACUGGGUCUCUCUGAGAUGUCUCGACUCCUGCCUGUUCAGGAAAACUUCCUGCUUAAAUUCCAGGGCAUGAAGCUGACCUCAGAGGAGUUCAACGCAAUCUUCACAUAUUACGACAAGGAUGGGAGUGGCUACAUUGAUGAGAAUGAACUGGAUGCCCUUCUGAAGGACCUGUAUGAGAAAAACAAGAAGGAAAUGAACAUCCAACAGCUCACCAACUACAGGAAGAGCGUCAUGUCCUUGGCAGAGGCAGGGAAGCUCUACCGAAAGGACCUGGAGAUUGUGCUCUGCAGUGAGCCCCCUGUGUAA